AUGAGAACUCCUCUAGUUCUAAGUAUAAUCUUCUUUCCUAUCAGUACGAUUAUCUUCGCUCAAUACGACGAUGGACACGUUGUUUUGGAUCGAUCAAAAGUAUUUCCUGAUGCCGAUGGUAAUUACCGUGUUUCGAAUUAUGAAUUCAAGUGUUUUCAACAGCUAUCAACAUGUUCAACGCAUGGUUGGUCACUUCGCUUUAAAAUACGUCUAAACUCAUUGAAUAGUUUCGACCGAGAACGUAAAUAUCUGCUCUUCAGUACUGGUGCACAUGAACCAUAUAGUGAUGGAAUGUUAAUUCAUCUCUAUCAGUCGAAAAACACUUCGUAUCUCGAGUUUGGUUUGAAAGAGUUUCACAAUGAUCAUGUCGCUUUCUAUUGGCAAGUCGAAGCUGACUUCGAACUGAAUCGAUGGGUUGAUGUAGUCACUGUUAUUCAAUUGACAAGCAAAAACUCGACUGAACAUCAUCAACUGUCGAUCUAUGUCGAUGGUUAUUUGUACAGAAAGACAGAAUUGGAAAAAUACACAGAAUUAUUCGUUUUUAAAUACGAUAAAAUACAUGCACACUCGGCGAUUAUUUAUGGAAAUGAUACUGAAGUUGCUUCUUUCAAAGAAAUUAUCUAUUACGAACGAGUUUUACUCGACGUUGAAAUUGCAAACAUUACACCGGGUGAUGUAUCUUUAGGAUGUGUGAAUGAAAACGAUCAUAUUCAUCAAUAUAUCACUCCGCAAACGUACGAUUAUUGGCGACUAUGCCGUGAUGAUUGUCAGGCACGAAAAAUGAAGAUUGCUUUGUAUUCAGCGAGCAAUGGUCGAUGUGGAUGUGUACCAAGUUCAUAUGAGUUAGACUUGUCAUUUCAAUAUGAUAAGAAUUGCGUUUGUUCAUUUAAUCCGCCAUGUUCAAGUGCGAAUGAAUGGCACAUUUUUACGGUAUCACACAUUAUUGAUCUGGUUGAUGCGGAAGUUGGUUUGGAAAUUCGUAUGGCUGAUGCAAGUUUCUUGACGCACAGUCGAACGCGAGUCCAACGAAAUGAAGGUGUGGAAAUUAUUGUCUCGGUUAAAAACGAUCGAAAUCUGGCGUCGUUGACUGUCUAUGGUGAUAUCGAAGGUCAAGAGCCAGCAAGUGAAGGUACGAGCUCCAACGAGAUUUACAUAACUGCCGGUGUUGUAAAUCUGUCUUGGAAGAAUGAAGGUGCAAAAAAAGUUCAAUUUCGUGCUGACUAUCGUCGAAUGGUUCAUAAAGAAACGGCAGAAUACCGAACGGUCUAUGUCGACGUUGUCUAUGUCAAAACUGAUCUGCCACUGAAGUUCAUUGACAUUUCACCCGGCAGUCCGAACUAUCAAAGUUAUCAAAAUUUUACUGUUCAAACUUACGGUAGUGUUCCAAUCAAUUGUACAUUAGAUUAUGGCGAUGGACAUCGGCAGACAAAUGGUACCAGCCGUGAUCAAUACUAUACCGCCUAUUUUGCGCGAAAUUAUACACGUUAUGGUGAGUACAAUGUUUCUGUACAAUGUUAUAAUGAACGGAGUAUAAAUACAACGCAAAUAACGCGUAUUGUUCGACGAGCAAAUAUGAACAAGAAAAUGAUUAUUCAUACAAAUGUGAUGGAAACAUCCGAAGCAACAAGAUUCAAUAUUAUAACGCACAAUGAUUAUUCAUUUCGACAUUCCGAUUGUUUGCAUCUGAAAAAUGUUCUUACCAAUGAAACAAUGAAGUUGAUUUGGAGAAAGAAAACGCUGGAAGUCAUACCAAAUGAAGCAUUGCCACUUGGUACACAUUUGUAUCAACUUCAAUGUGAUUCCAUGGCAUUACAACCAUAUAUUCUUAAUGUCCAACCAGCAAUUCGCUCACUAGAAGUCGAGGCAUCGAAAACAACUAUUCGAAGUGGUCAGUCUACCGAAUUUUUCAUCACACUUGAACCAACAAUCGAUGUGACAAUCAUUUUCGACUGCGGCAUCAGUGACACACCAUUAGAAAUCAUUUAUAUCGAAAAAGUUAUCGAUCUUUCACCAAUACCAAUCGGUAAUUGUACUUAUUCAACAACCGGUCAGUACAAUCCGACGAUUAGUGCCAUGAACCGUAUCAAUGAAGACAAACAAUCGGCAGUGAUCUUUGUUGAACCACCACUAUCACCCAUUAAAGUGGAAAUCGAAAGUCAAGUGGAUAUCAACCAACUCACAUUGGUUACCAUACGUGCAAAAGAGCAAAGCCCAUUCGAAGGAAAUUUUCUACUUACAAUCCUGGAUCCGUAUCUUGAAAAUAACUAUACAAGAACCGAACAUGUUCAAUUGUUAAGAUCGAAUAAUUUCACUGAAAAUUUAUAUAUGAAUAUUACAUCUUAUGGUAAACAAGUUCUGCACAUUCAAGGCGGAGAUUAUCCAACAAUUCGUGAAUCACAAGCAACGUUUAUUAUCGGAACGGAUAUCACAAUCAAACCGCAAGUUUAUAUUGUCAAUCAAAUUGGUCAUGUUAAUCAAGAGUUCAUUUGGGUCGAUAUUCAAUGGAUUGAUGGAAUUGGUUUCGACGUUGAAAUCAACUAUGACCAAGAAAAGCAUUUUCGUGUUCGGUAUGGACAAUUCACGUCGGGUUCAUCAAAUCGUACAGUAAAACGAAACGAUGGAAUUCAUGAAAUACAAUGGAAGAGAGUUGCACAACAACGAUUACAAGUUGGCUAUAAAUUUACAAAGCCAGGCACAUUUCGAAUUGAUGUGACAUUUGUUCAACCAUCGUCGAAACGUCUUCCGGUUGAUCUGAGAUGUUCAACUGUAACAAUCGUCAGAGGAUUAGAUCGAACAGAGGAAACUUGUUUUCAAGAAAAAGAAUUUCAUUUAUUUUCACCAAACUCACUGAACAAUGUCACAAUUUCUUCAUCUGUUCUCUUUCUACCCUACAGUCUUGAACAUAAACUCGAACCACGUUUAACAACACAAUGUUCUGAUCAUGAUCUUCUAUAUUCAUUUUAUGUUCUUGCCAUCGAUCCAUUCCAUUGGCGAUAUUCUCGAACACAACGGUAUUCUACAUCUACUAAUCCAUCAUUUCAAGACACAUUUCUCGAAAAUUACUGUUCGAAAUUCGGUGAAAAUUCGACAUUGAAAAUUGAACCAAAAGCGCUUCAGCAUGGUUAUUAUGUAGCAGUAUUUACAAUAACGAAAAGUUCCAAUUUACCUGAUUUUCGUCAAUUUAUUCAACCGAUUGAAAUCAUUCGUUCGGAUUUACUGACAACAUUCGGUGGAAAUUUUACAAUUACAAAUGACGUGAAUGAGUUAAACUUAGACUUUUAUUCGACAACGAUCGAUCCUGAUUAUAGUGAAUUCGAUCGACGAAAACUUAACUUUACUUUAAUCUGUUAUCCUGAAUAUUUGCAAUCGAAUAUUUUUCAACCGGAUACAAUUGAAUUGGGAUCAUCACGACCAACAGAAACAAAUCCUCAGAACCAUCAGCCUUGGUCAAUUAAAUGGGCGACUUUGAAUUUAGUCUUUCGUCGAGCAGAUAUUAAUUUACAUUUUUAUGAACACCAAUGCCUUUCAGUGGAAAAGAAGACCACCGAACAAAUUCAGAUCGAUCAACAAACAAAAGCCUUACGUAUUGAUGACAGUAAUCUAGUAUUUAGCAAUGGUUCACUUCAUUUUCUGCUCAUUGUUCGACAUCUAAUGGAUGGAAGACAAUUAAUCGCGCGUUUGGAAGUCGAUCAACAGUUAACACUGACUUUCGACACAGCUGAUUUGAGUACAUUAGAAGAAGUGAUGGGAAAUCUAGAUGAUCUAGCUGCAACAAAUCCAAAGAAAGCAGUGGAAUUUAUUACUGGUCUAGCGGAUAAAUUGAACGAAAUGAGCGACAAUUCGACUACGGGAGAAACAAGUGAAGCAGAUGUAAAGGCAAUGAAUGAACGGAUGGCAGCUAUGCGAGCGAAAAUGUUAACGUCGAUGGAUACAGUCAUUGAUUCAGCAAGUGAUCCGAGUAUCGUUGGACGAGCGUUGAAAGCGAGUGCGACGGUUACAGCUAAUAGUGAUCAAAUGCCGUUGAAUAAUCAGGAAAAAGGAGCGAAUAUUAUAGAGAAAGUUGGUACUAAAGUAAAAGAAAUGGAAUCAGCUGAUGAAAAUACCGUCACUGGUCUUGCUUCAUCGUUAUUGGAUGUGGGUAGUAAUGUUUUACAAGCUGCAUCAAGAACUGUGUCGAGAGAUAAAGAGAAUUAUCCGGAUGCAAUUAUCGAAAAUUUGGAAUCGGAUAUGAAAGCAACAGAAGAUGAGGAAACAGAUGCGACAGUUCUCUAUGCUCCAACGCAAUUCUACGAUGCUUGUGAUGAAUGUGAUACAUUACCUGAAGAACGUUGGGAAGAGUAUCGAAAGAAAUUGGAUGAAGACAAGAAAGCAAUUAUUGAAGGACGUGAACGGGCUUCAAGCAUUGCUAAGCGAAGCUCAGGUGGUUUAUUCUCGGUUGGUGACGUCCUAGCCAAUCGUUCAUCGACGAAUGAAACGAAAACUAUCAAAAGUAAAACAAUGGCGAUGACUUUGACAAAAGCGAACCCCGAUGGUAAAUCAAGUUUGUCAACUGGUGGUUCGCGUAUUCGUUUACCGGGCCUGUCAGAUCUUAAUUCAGAACCCGGUGCAUCGGAAGUUUUCACAAAGAUUCUUGAAUCAAAAGAAAACCCCUAUGCAAGUACACAUGGGCAUUCGAGUGUCGAAGGAAGUGUUGUCACGAUCAUCUUAUCACGACCAGAUGGCUCGGAAAUGGCUGUACAAAACACAACUAAGCCGAUCUCCAUUCGUCUAACUCGGCCAGUUGAUAAACGACCGAAAUAUGAACAUUAUGACUUAAACGGAACAUUAUUUCGAUACCACAAAAUGAAUUUACCAGACAAGCAAAUGACGUUAUCUCUAUAUGUUGCUUCGAAUGUCUCACCAAUGGAUACAUAUGGUAUUUACGUAUCGUUCGGAACCAAUGAAACAUUAUUAGAACCCCCGACAGAAUCCAAAUUCGAUCUACUCUUUGUUUUACCGAAUCGAACAGCAGUCACAUCGGAUGAGAACAUUGCUGAUGAUCUAGAAGAAUUACGACAUACGAUUUUAAUGUCACCGAAUAUUCAUUUCGGCAAUGGAACAUACAUUUUCGGUAUAAAACUAAUCAAUGCAAGUACAACAAGGAAUUUGACUGAAUAUCAUUCGAGUUACACAAUCAAUAUGUACGUUUCGAAGUGUCAAUAUUGGGACGAGAAAAAAUAUGUCUGGAGCUCGGAUGGAUGCGAAGUUGGAUCACUGACAACGUUGAAAUCAACGGAAUGUCUUUGUACUCAUUUGACCACGUUCGGAAGUGAUUUCUAUGUUCCACCGAAUACAAUUGACUUCAAAACAGUGUUUACGAAAUUCAAAAAAUUACAUGAAAAUGCCGCUGUGUUCAGUACAGUGAUUGUUAUUUUUAUUAUAUAUAUCAUCGCAGCAAUUUGGUCGAGAAGAAAAGAUAAACAUGAUUUAGUGAAAUGGACAGCAGCACCACUUAUCGAUAAUCUUCCUAUUGAUACUUAUCAUUAUCUAGUUACAGUUCAUACUGGCAUCGGUAAAGAAUCGGGUACAACAUCCAAUGUGAACUUUGUUAUAUCUGGUGAAUUAGCAGAUAGUGGCGUUCGAAAGUUAGCUGAUGGGAAGAUUCAUGAAUUUGCAUCGGGUAGUGUUCGAAAUUUUGUAAUGAGCGUGGAAUCACAACUUGGCCCAUUACUUUACCUUCGUAUCUGGCAUGAUAAUUCAGGUGAUAAAGGCAAAGCUUCUUGGUUCUUAAACAUGAUCAAUGUGAUGGAUUUACAAACAGGCGAAAAGAAUUAUUUCAUUUGUGAUAAUUGGCUUGCGGUUGAAAAAGGUGAUGGUCUUGUUGAUCGUGUUGUACCGUUGGCUUCAUCGAAAGAAUUGAAAAGUUUUGCACAUUUAUUUACUCAAUCAGUCAAGAAGAAAUUCAGCGAUGGUCAUCUAUGGUAUUCAGUAUUUUCACGUCCUGUACGAAGUAAUUUCACUCGAUUACAACGCAUCUCCUGUUGUAUAUCGUUACUUUUCUGCACGAUGAUAUCCAAUGCCAUGUUCUAUCGACAAGAUACGCAAGGACGAGCAAAUAAAGCUGGAGUUUUAAUGAAAAUCGGACCAAUUGAAUUUACUUUGACACAGCUAUGGAUCAGUUUCAUUAGUACCUUGGUUGUACUACCAGUCAAUCUGUUGAUUGUCACAUUGUUUCGUAAAGCAAAAUACAGUCAAAAAACAUUGGUAACGUAUCAUUUACAAGAACGACAACGACGAAGUAAAGCACGUAAAAAUGAUGAACAAUAUCGAAGAACAAUGAAUUUCUUUUCUCGACGAAAACAUCAAUUGAUACUAUCGGAAGAUGGUGACGAACAAGGCAUUGAACGCAUUGGCGCUAUUCCAUCAAUUGAAGAUAAAACCAGAUCAUUCCCACAUUGGACUAUCUACAUCGCUUGGGCAUUGGUUAUGCUAAGUAUACUAACAUGUUCGUUCUUUAUCAUACUUUAUUCAUUGGAAUGGGGAGCUAAACGUGCCAAUGAAUGGUUAAUUACAAUGGUACUUUCAUUCGGUCAGUCGAUACUCGUUAUCGAUCCCUUGAAAGUAUUUCUCAUAACGGCAAUUAUAAGUUUUCUAAUUCGUCGACCAUACGAUGAUGAAACUUUGGAUUUCAAUGAUCCGUUUACCGGAGCUUUAAUUUCGAACAAGAAUAUUGCGAAUAUUGAUGGAAAAGAUGUAUACAGUGAUGCAAAUGUGAAAGAAAUUGCACGUCAACGUCGUGUUCGUUUGUUUAAUUUACGUCCGAUAAACUCAGAUGAGAUGGUUCGUGCACGUGAACAGCGUUUACGCGAGAUCAAAAUGGGUGACGUUAUCCGUGAAAUCGUUAUUUAUAUAUUCUUCACAGUGGUCUUACUAUUUCUCUCAUAUCAAUCACGAGAUACGAAUUCUUAUGGUUUAUAUCGCGAUACGAAAAAUCUUUUUAUCAACAAAGAUUUCCAUGAAAUAGGAUCAAUAACAAACUGGUGGAAUUAUUGUGAUAAUGUUCUACUAAAAGGACUCUAUGCACAAAAAUGGUACAAUGAAAAAAAUUUAACUUGGAGAGAAAAAUUAACAACUGGUAGCCGUAUUUCAAUGCGUGUUGGUGCACCACGAAUUCGACAACUGCGCGUUAAAGAAAAUAGUUGCCGAGUACAUCGUCGUGUCAAGCAUCUUGUUACACAGUGUCGAGACGAUUAUAAUUGGUUUGAUGAUGAUAUAAAAGACUAUUCACCACGUUGGGAGAAAGUUUUGACUCGGGAAGAAGCGAAAAUGAGCGAUGAAAAUAAUAACGGAACAAAACGUUGUCGAACACCAUGGUGUUAUCAAAGUAGCGUUCGUACAAAAAGUGGACCUAUGAAAGCGCUUUAUAAAACCUAUAAAGGCGGCGGUUAUGUUGUUUCAUUAGGUCGAACAUAUGAGAAAAGUCGAACAGUUCUUGCAGAACUUCGUUCACAAAAUUGGCUUGAUCAAUUAACGCGUGCAAUUUUUAUUGAUUUUUCAUUGUAUAAUGCCAAUGUGAAUUUAUUCGUUUCUGUUACACUUUCAUUUGAAAUGACAUCGAUGGGUUCAGUUAUUCAAGAUUAUCAAAUCAAAAUCUUUCGUCUUUACGAUCAUAUCGGUGGUUACGGCAUGUUAGUGUACAUAUUUGAACUAUUGUUUGUUGUUUUCACGAUAUAUUCAACAAUUCACGAAGUGUUAUUAUUGGUCAAGCAGAAAAGAGAAUAUUUCUACAAGUUCUGGAAUGUUAUUUCAUUCAUAACCGUCGUGUUCAGUAUCACAACGCUUCUUAUGUAUGGAACAAAGAAAACUUUAACACGAUUAGCCAUCCGUUCAUUGAAAAAGACUGAAAUGGGCGAAUUCGUUAAUUUCAAUGCGAUUGCCAGUUUCGACGAAGUUUAUUCCUAUAUCGUUGCAUUGAUAACAUUCUUUACAAUGCUGAAAUUCUUGAAAUUACUUCGAUUCAAUAAGCGUGUUGACAUGCUGUCGAAGUCACUUCGUUAUGCUCGAACAGAUUUAAGUUCAUUUGGCUUUGUUUUUCUUAUCUUUAUUGUUGCAUAUGCACUGAUGGGUUUCGCUGUAUUUGGUCGCACGCUUUCCAACUUUAACUCAUUUGCAACGUCAUUAACAACAUGUUUCCGAAUGCUUUUGGGUGAAAUAAACGCACCGGACAUGUUCGCUGUUAGUCGAGCUUAUGGUAUCUUCUAUUUUCUUUCAUUUGUCAUGCUUGUAUUUAUUGCUCUAUUAAGUAUCUUUUUAACAAUUUUGAAUGAUUCGUUUGCACAUGUGAAACGAGAAUUAGCAGCCAGUCAACAUAGAAAUGAAAUCAUGGAUUUUAUGUGGUCAACGUUUCGCAAAGUUGCUGGAAUUAAUAAUCGUAAAGGAUCGACAGAUGAUGAUGCAGCGACGAAAAUGGAUGACGAACAACAAAUUCCAUUGGCAAAAUUUGAUCGAGAUGAUUACUGA